CUGUUUGCCUCCAUUUUUGCGGGGAUUCGUUUGCGGCCAGUGGUUCCAUGAUUCGUGUGGCGGCUAGCUUCAUAAGGUGUCCUCGUACAAGAAACUCCAUCGCCGCGUUCCGGAUAAAACCCUUUUCUACUAUGGCCGCGAAUUGUGUGCGGGAAACCGAAGGUGACCUCUUUGGUGCACCGAAGGACCACUCACUGGCACACUGUGUGGCGGCAGAUCUUAAAAUGGGUGGAGGAAUUGCGGUCAAGUUUAAGCAAGUUUUCGGCAGGGUGGACGAUCUAAAGGCUCAAAAUGUCGGUGUUGGUGGUGUGGCCGUGUUGCGGGACUCAGCGGCAGACGCUCAGCAGCAUCGCUACGUUUACUACCUCGUGACGAAGGAAACAUCCUACCAAAAGCCAACGUACGACGAUCUCCGGAAGUCGCUGCAAGCGGUGAAGCAGCAUAUGGACGCAAACGGAGUCGGCAAACUGGCCCUUCCCCGCAUCGGUUGCGGUAUCGAUGGCCUGGAGUGGGACAAAGUGAAGGAAAUGUUGAACAACGUGUUCGGAGAAGGUGGAACGUACGAACUUGUUGUUUACAAUUUCGUUCCUAAGUAACCUCGCUUUAGAUCAGUGCUUGUGUUCCUUAUAUGAGUAAAAAAUUCGAAUAGUUUGCCGCCAAUAAAUCGAAAAAGAAUU